AUGGCACGCAUGCAGUCGAAGAAACAUCGUCGUCUCUUGGAUUUUGGAAAGCCGCCCGGUUCUGCGCCUAGCCAUCUGACGUCUCAAGGCCCUUCUCAGGCUCCGCUAGAGAGUCCUACCCUUGAUAUGCAAACUUCGAGCAGCGCAUCCAAGGGAGGGCUUGCCAAGAUCAAGCGCUUCUUCCAUCUGAACUUCCAAAGUCAUCAAAUCACUGCGACGGAGAGGGCUCAUUCAAAUACCGAUGUGGGUCCUCUGGAGCAAAUGGAACAAUCACCGGCGCCUGGAACAGAGGUCGUAUGUCAUCUGCCACCACCUCCUCAUGCUAUGAGCCUGGUUGAUCCCCUUUGGACAGACCCAACGGCCAGCCGACGAGACUCAGUCAGCACCCGUAUCAGCUGCGGUUGGACAAGAUGUCGAUGCCGCGGUGAAAGCAUUCCAUGA